GGCUUCCAGUCCUUCAGUCUUAGGUACAGUUCAAGUUAUCUGGGAUCCAUUAGAAACGAUAUCAGAUAUUUACUCCAGUAGCCCACGAUUCGUAGUUGCGUGAGUCGUGGUAUUUCAGUGGUGUGUGUCUGUUGGACAAUGUAUGGUACCUAGGGGUCCCGAUAAAGCCGCUAUGCUGACUUUUAUGUUGUCCGCGAUAGUUGCAAUGCUCCACUUUCCACGUGUCAUAAAGAAGGCACAGGCCGUGCUACAUAAUGUCGUCGGGCCUGAUCGUAUUCCACCCUGCGAUGGCGGCCGGUCGCUGUGCUAGGGGGAACAACAUAUGCUCUCACACAGGAGGAUGGAUAUCAGGGCAUGUUUAUACCUAAGAACUCGACGGUUUUUGCUAACUUGGCGGGUAUCGUGCACAAUGCCACUAUAUUCCCUGACCCAGAGAAUUUCUGCCCCAAGCGACUAUUGACCCGCGACUUCAAGCCUUUCACCUACGUGGGGAAGAAGAAUUUGUGCGUUUGCAUCGAUCUAUAUCAGCACCCGUCCCGGCAUGAACCAAUAUCAAUUCCCUCUUUAUCAAUGUUUCCUGUAUCCUCUGGGCGUUUGAUGUCACCCCUUCUAUUGACGUCAUCGAAGCGAAAAAUUUACCAGACACCUGGAAUUAUACCAACGGAUUCAAUUCCCAUCCGGUCAGCUUCGAUUGCAUGAUCACUCCACGUAGCGGUAAAGUUGUCGAAUUGCUGAACAUGGAGUACAAGGGAGUAAAGAGCAGGAUAUCUGAUUGACACUGG